GCCCUUUUUAUGAUUGGAUAAGUCCCGAUUUGUCCGUGAGGUAUGAUGGGACGUGUAGUUUCGAGAACGUGAGGCACUCGUGAAGAGGACGAUGAGUGGGAGACGGAGGGCCCCUUUCCCGCCUAACGGCGGUUCUUCCUCCUCGUCUGGAGGAGCCGGGAAGAAGAAGCGCCUCAAGAGGGAGGUGCGCGCCGAGUUGUCGGCGGCCCUGAAGGAACCGCUCCUAAGGGAGAAAGUGGCCGCCGCUUGGGCCCGCAGGGAGGCCCUCGAGGACGAGGUCGUUGUGCUGGAUCCUGUUCCAUUCUGCCACUGUGUCAUCCCAAACUUCAUCCAAAAUGAGAAUUUCCUAGAAGGACUGCAGAAGGAGCUGUUGAGCCUGGAUUUCCAUGAAAAGUGCAACGACUUGUACAAAUUCAAGCAGUCAGAUGAUCUCCAAAAGGCAGAAGAGCCCCACAUCGCUGCUUUAAGGGAAGUCCUCUUGGAUGAAUUCCGGGUGUGGCUUUCAGAUGUGGCCCAAGUGGAGCUGGAGCCAACCAUCGAUUUGUUCUGUGCCAAAUAUGAAUAUACAGAUGCUCUUCUCUGCCAUGACGACAAACUGGAAGGCCGACGAAUUGCCUUCAUUCUCUAUCUUGUGCCACCGUGGGACAGGAGUGAUGGGGGCACUCUGGACCUUUUCAGCACAGACAAUCACUUCCAACCUCAGCAGAUCGUCAAGUCAUUGGUCCCUUUGUGGAACUCACUAGCUUUCUUCGAAGUGUCUCCAGUCUCUUUCCACCAGGUGGCUGAAGUUCUUUCCAAGGGCAAGUGUCGGUUGUCUGUAAGUGGCUGGUUUCAUGGUCCCUCGGUUGCUAGGCCACCACGCCACAUUGAGCCACUUCUGCCACGGAGCCCCCACAUCCCUUUUGAUCAUGAAAUCUUGUAUUGCUGGAUCAACCCAGUGUAUCUGGAGAUGGAUUCCCAGAGCCAGAUCCAAGAGGAGUUUGAGGAUCGGUCUGAGAUUCUACUGAAGAAUUUUCUCAAGAGAGACAAAUUCCAGCUUGUCUGUGAAGCUCUGGAGAAGGGAGAACACAAGUGGAACAGCAGGGGGCCCCCUAACAAAAGGUUUUAUGACAAAGCGGAAGAGGAGAGCCUGCCGGCCAUUUUGAAAGAGUGCAUGGAGCUGUUCCGCUCGGAAGCCUUCUUCCUGCUUCUCUCCAACUUCACGGGCUUGAAGCUGCAUUUCCUAGCUCCUGAGGAGGAAGAGGAGGAGGAGAAAGAAGAAAGGGCUGCAGGAGGAGAUCCUUCCCGUUGCACGCAAGGAGAGAGCAGUCAAGAAGAAACCAACAGGCCUAAUGGCACAGGGGAGCUGCAGAGAAGCUCUGAAAGCAACGGAUGCAAAAGUGGCUCAAGUGUCCCUCAGUGCACUGGAGAGCUGAGACGGUGGACAAAAGGUUGCUACACCCUAGUCCAUGAUGCCCAGACUACGGAGUUUGCCCUCGAUCUGCUGCUGUUCUGUGGAUGUGAAGGUUGGGAUGUGGAAUGGGGCGGCUUCACUUCGUACAUUGCAAAAGAUGAAGAUGAAGAGCUGCUAACUGUCAACCCAGAGAACAACUGUUUAGCUUUGGUUUAUAGAGACCGAGACACACUGAAAUUCGUGAAAUAUGUCAACCACCGCAGCUUGGAAUGGACAGCAACACAAGCUGAGAAAACUGGAUUUUGGGACUUCUGCUUUGUUUACUAUGAAUAACUGAUAAUGUAGAAUUAUUCUCCAGAAGGGAGGAAAAACCUGUUUACUGAACUGGACUUCCUGCUGAAGAGAUGGAUGGGAAUAGCUUCUGCAGCAGGUUGAAAGAACUGUCUAGACUCCUAGAAGUCUCCUAUCAAUUCUGUGGCCUUCGGCAAGCGACCCACAGCGUCCUACAUCUCUCUUAAACUGUAUGGGCUGCCAGCGUCUGCUUUGGUCUUAGAAUUUCUGGUUGUGCCCAGUUUCAUGUUAGGCUUGCACAUCUAAGCAUCCUAGGAAAGGAUGCAGAAGGCUGAUGGAGGCAAAAAUGGCCUCUCUUCUAGAGCAACAUCUUAGAAGUGUUUCUCCAAGUCUGGAGAAAGCUGCUUUAGUUAAAAGCAGGGGGGUUUUCUGGGAAAAGUGGUGGAACUCAGGACCGCACAAUGACGUCACUUUGGGUCAUCUGGAACAAGGGGGGGGGAGUUUUUUAAAGUUUAAAUCACCCUCAGCGAAAAUGGUCACAUGGCUGGUGGCCCCGCCCCCCGAUUUCCAGACAGAGGGGAGUUUCGAUUGCCCUCCACGCUGCUCCAGUGAUGCAGAGGGCACUUGGAUCGGGGGGGGGGGCCACCGGUCAUGUGACCAUUUUCAAGAGGUGCCGGAACUCUGUUCCACUGCGUUCCCGCCUAAAAAAAGCCCUGGUUAAAAGUACUCAAGAAUGGUUAUGGUGCUAUUUCUGAAACAGCUGUGUGACAGUUCCAAUAAAAAGUAGACGGCCUUAGCUGAUACGCUAUAGUAACAGCUAUUUCCUCUGCACUUUUGCUUGAGAAACAAGUCAAGUAACCAUUGGUUCAGGACAUGUGCAAUGGCACAAGAGUUUCAUAGUACAAGUAACUGGGAAAGGGAGGCUAAACAAUCUACACUGAAGGGUAGAUUGCCCAAUCAUGCAUCAUCACCUGUCAGAUGCGCAGCACAUUCUCAGCAAAAGGAAUGUCUUCGCCGUAUAUAUUGUGUGUGUGUGCAGCAUCAUUUUAUAUCCCCCCCCCACCAAUUCAACAUGAAUGCUUUGAAAUGAUGUGCACUUAGGAGUUUGAAAUUCCUGUGACCUGUAGAGCACAAGUUUGGUAUAAUCAGUAAAUCAGGAUUGAAAAGCUAAAAUGAUGGGCCCCAAGUAACUAAUCUCUAGUUUUUCCCAUUAGUAUCUAGUCUGAAGAGAAGUGUGCAGGGGAAGAAUUAACCAUGGGAGUGGGCAAUUAGGGAGUUCGAGUUAAAGCAGGGGAUCUCAUUUGGUAGGGUGACGUGACGAUGGGUCUAUGCCUAGUUCACUCCUUCAUCUUAACCAAGGAAAGCAGAGACCAGUUCCUAGCCGGCCCCUCAGUGUUGCCACCAUUAUAAAACUCUGCCAUUCCUUUUCUCUAGAGGGUGUGGAGGGUUAACGUGGCUUUCUGCCCAAAGCUAAAUGACCUUAUGAGAAAAAACAGAGUUGCCUCUUGCUGUCUGGCAGGGACCCAAGCCCAACAGUUGGAACUAUACUGUUCCAUGGAGCAUUGCUAUUAUCACUGUGGGUAUCGGGUGUGCAGAAAUGAAACAGACAAGCUGGAAAUGCACCUUGAAAUUGCUGUUUUGUUAAACCCAGGAAAUCAAAUUAUAAUA